AUGGACCGGUUCCUCGUGAACCCCCGGCCCAAGCCGCAGCCCAAGCCCAUGCCCAAGCCAGCGAAUUUGAUGGAGGAGGUCAUCUCGAUCAAGCACGACGAAAGCUUAGUCGAGAACCCAGGUUUGCACGCGGUGGCGUGGGAGGUGCCGGUCAUCAUCCGCGGCGUCCGGCGCACAGGCCGGAACGCCGGCAACGGCUACGAGCGGACCAAGUACCUCCCGGUCACUACGCUGAACGCCACGCUGUCCCGGCAGAGCGACGGCCUCUCGGAGUUCCAGGUGCGCCGGAACGUGAAGGCGGCCGUGCUCGCGCAGCUCGGCAACCCCGAGCCGAACGACAUCAUCAUGGAGCUCUCGGACGAGACCUACUACCUGGACCCCGCGAGGGAAUGGACCUUCAGCUCCCAGGUGAUGCAGGUCGUCAACGACCAAGUGGAGGUGGAGGACAAGCUCUGCGUGGCCAGGCAGCUCGCGGAGCUGAUGCGCCUGCCGCUGCAGGAGGUGCUGUCGGACUUCGACGCGAUCUGCCCGAACAGCAAGUGGCGGGAGCAGGGCGUCAGCCCCAAGGAGAUCCGAGAGUUCUGCGUGUGGCGCGGGGCCCCGAUGUUCUACGUGGACUGCCAGGGCCGCCUGCUGGACAAGUACGAGCCUACCGUCAAGGAGCAGCGGGCCGUGGCCUUCACGAGCUGGAACGGCCACGCCUUCUUCUACAAGUCCGCCCGCACCGUCGCGAAGUGCGAGCCGGGCCAGGUACCGGGGCGACAGGAAGCCGAGCGAAGCCCCCGAGUUCAAGGAGUGGCGGGAGUGGGAGGGCGAGGUCGCGAGCGGUCACUUCUACUCCGAGGACCUGGCGCGGGUCCGGGGCGAGCUGCUGGCCGAGGGCCACUGCCCGAAGGUGGUCAUGCGCGGCGCUGCCUGCGCCUCCGCGUCCGCGGCGGCGGGGACUGCGUGAUCUCCAAUCUCGACGAGGACGCGGAGGUGCUGGAGGCCUGGAUGGGGCGGCUGAGGCUCCCCUACCGGGGCCAGCGCCUCGCGGGCGCGGCGAGCGAGGUCUUCCUCCCCGGAUCGCGGGAGGCCGUCCUCGCCGAGCAGGACCACCUGUGCAAGCUGCGCGGCCCCCAUCGACAGGCCCUCUGCCUUGAGUGUCACCGGAACAAAACAGCCCUGGAGUUCUCCCACCCCACGACGCUCGAGUCCCGCUUCAGCCGGCGGGCCUACAAGGCCUACGUGGAGUCGCCCCGGCUCCCCCCGCUGGUCUUCCACCUCAACAGCCACAAACCGGACCGGAUCUGUCACGGGGUCGACGUGGUUCGGUGCCGCAAGAACACCCUGGCCAACGCCAAGUUCCCGGUGCCGGUCUUCUGCCCCAAGGACAACGUCGAGCCGGCCCGCGAAGGCCACUUGGCGGACCUCACCUACGUGGAGCUGAAGCAGGACAGGCGGUGUGCGGUCCUCCGGCGGCUCCCGUACGUGGGCCGCGGGUGGUACUCCAAGCCGGCGGCGGCCUACAUGCUGGAAAGGGGCGUCGCGACCUGGGCCGACUUCGCAUGGAGCCUGGACGCCACGGCGCACGUGGACCAGGAGUCCGUGGCCCAGGCCCUGCAGCAAAUGGAGGAGGCGUGGCCCGAGGGCGAGGAGCACUACGCCAAGCUGUCGGUCAACGCCCUCGGCGCGCAACAUGGGGGGAUGCACUGGGACCACAUCUACGUCACGCAGCUGCUGUCCAACAAGAGCUGCCGGCCGAUUCACGACUUCGUCAUGGCCUCGGAGUACGUCGCGGUCGCCCGGAUCCGGGACGCCCUGGCGACGGUGCCGCCCAAGUACCUCAAGGCCAUCAAAACCGACUGCGUGGUCUUCCAGGACCUGCCCAAGAAAUACCAGCCCCUGUUGGACGGCCUCGUCCGCAAGAAGCACCGACGGCACGCCCGUGUACCGGUGCGAGGAGGUCAAGGCCCUCGAGGGCCAGUACCGGAACCCGUGCAUCGAAGCGGAGCCCGUGAGCAGCCCGUCCAACUGGAAGCUCGCGGAGGACCCGGCCUCGAGGGCGAGAGCCUGCUGCUGACCGGCUACCCCGGCACCGGCAAGACUCACCUGGCCCGCCAGAUCGUGACCCGCCUCCGGGAGGAGGGGUUCCGGGUCAAGAUCAUCACGAAGACCCACUCCUCCGUGCAGAACGGCGGCACGCAGGCGGAGACGGCCGACCACUGGGUGCGGAGCAGCAUCCGGAACGGGUACUGCAACGUGGACUGGCUCGUCGUGGAGGAGAUCACGAUGCUCGACACCGGGCUCUGGAGCGACAUCGCCUGCCUCUCCAUGAACCGCCAGGUCAACUUCCUGCUGCUCGGCGACUUCCGGCAGUUCCCGGCGGUGAUGGACAACUUCGCCGGCGCUCAGGUCAUCCGAGAGCUGAAAACCUGCCAGCUGCUCCACGACCUCACCCGCGGCUGGCACCACCAGCUCACGGAAAACAGAAGGAGCGACCCCGGCAUCUUCGACUUCCUCCGGUGGCUCCGGGUCGAGGAGGCCCAGGAGCAGCCCCUACCCGAGGCCCUCCGGGUAGAUCAACGCCCGGGACAACCACCAUGCGGGUCUGGCCCGGCCAUCGGGGCCGGCGGCCGCGUCAUCAAGGGCAUCUACGUGCACGUGACCGAAGUGGGCCCCGAGAAGAUCGUCUUGGACGGCGGCGACUCCUUCACCCACGCCGCCCUCCUGAAACACACCCGGCUGUGCCACGCCAUCACCUACGCCUCGUGCCAAGGCCUGACGCUCGAAGGGCGGCACCUCUAUGUGGGGAGCAGCAGGGUCCGUCACUUCGAGCAGGUCGCCGGGGUCCUCCAGCGGCUGCUGGUCGGCGUCCCAGAAGUGGACUCGGGACAAAUCGACCUUGAGCUUGAUGAAGCUGUCCCGCGGAGGCAGGCAUCGCUGGGUCAGCUGGCCCUUGAUGUCCUUCUCGAUCGCCUCCAGGUCUGCCUUGGCGGCCUCGUUCUGCUCGAGACACAGGGGGAGUCGCCGGGCCUCCGUCUCGCUGCCGUAGGGGCUGGGGUGCCACAAGAUGCGCAGCCACUCGCGGGACCGCCAGGCCUCCGCGCGCACCGGGAAGAACUUGCCGCCACGCUGGUUGGUCGUAAGCUCACCGAGCUUGAUGGCACGGGGUCGGUCGGCCGUGCCUUCGAGGCCCGUGGCUGGCAGGUAACGAGUCAAGACAGCAACCCGAAGGCCCGCGCGAGCAUCUGCUCCGACAUCCUGCAGUGGGACUACAAGGCCUUCGAGCCCGGGCACUUCGACAUGGUCUGGGCCUCGCCCUGCUGCACCGAGUUCAGCAUCGCCCUCAAGAAGCGCCCCCGCAACCUGCCGGUCGGGGACGCCCUGGUGCUCAAGACGUUCGAGAUCAUCGACUACCUCAAGCCCAAGUGGUGGGCCAUCGAGAACCCCAGCACCGGGCGCCUCAAAACCCGCCCCUACAUGCAGGGCCUGCACAUGGACCGGGUCACCUAUUGCAAGUACGGCUUCCGGUACAAGAAGCCCACGGCGGGCCCCUGCCGCAAGGGCGACCGCUGCGAGGCCUUCCAAGGAACUCGGCACCCCGAGGCCGCGCAGCGAGGGCCCACCAAGGGGCGGCAGGGGAGCAACUCGCGGGACCAGCUCUACUCCAUCCCGCCUGCGCUGUGCGACGAGAUCGCCGCGAGCGCAACACUUGGGUUAAAUGGGCAAGGCGGAAAGACGGUACUCCUUGUGAGCAUGAUUUUGGAGCAAUACCGGGGCUGCUUCGAGCGCAUCUAUAUCUUCUCGCCCUCGGUAGAGGUCGACUCUGCCUGGCAGCCUGUCAAGGAUUACAUCCGAGACGAGCUGGGCGUGAAUACGGACCGGGAGCAGUGCUGGUGGGAGGAUUGGGACGAGGGGGCGCUGCGGAAGAUCAUCGCCGACCAGAAGCGCAUCACCCAGAAGAGCAAGGAGCUGGGCCUCAAGAAGCUGUACCAGGUUUUGGUCAUUCUAGAUGACCAUGCCGAUAAUCCUGCGGUGCACCGCAAGACGGGAGAUGGCUUAUCGCUUGUACCAGAGGCAACAGGCAAUGGCGAGAAGGCAACGGCUGCUGGCCGAUUUACACAGGACCUCGCGGUUGCGGAGCGCGGGCCCCGCAGUCUACACUAUCCCACCCGCAAGGCAUUUGCCCACAUGGAGCGGGGGCGCAAGGUGAACACGUGUCUUGAUCCGGGCCGCCACCGGGUGCUCCAGAGGCGGUGGAAAGCAGCAGUCUCUGGGCCAGAGCACGACCCACAGAAGCUCACGCCGGAAAUUAGCAAUCCCAGAGCAAUAGAGGGGCGAGGGGCGUUCAAGCUAAAAUUAAUUCAGGCGUUUGGUCUGGCAGCCUUUGGCAGAGGGCGGGAGGCCGACAAUGCACUGGAAGUGAGCGGGCGCAGCGCACGCGCGGCACUCACGGCGCAACUGUUGCAGGCCGGGCCUGACCAACAUCUAGACCAGGAUGAGGAGACAUGA